GUGAUAAUCACUUUAGUCCACAACAGUCUCUACCAGUCCAGCACACAGAGCACACACAAUACAAGAACAUAAACCCACGUUUUCCUCUUUCCUCUUUCCUCUUUUCUUCAGCCUCCCAAUUUCGUGUUCUAUCUCUUAGAUAUCUGACCCUUCAGCUCAAACAACUGCAAAAAAUCAACAUCAACAUUCAACCAAAUCAUCGUUUUUCUUUGAGAUUACAACUUCUUGUUUUUUGAUUUUUUGCUUUGAUUUUUUGCAACCCCAAUUGGGGAAUUUGAACCAAACCAUCGUUUUUCUUUGAGAGUACAACUUGUUUUUAUCUUUUUAUUGAUGAUACCCAAUUGAGGAAUUUGAACCAAAUCGUCGCUUUUCUUUGAGAUUACAACUUGUUUCUAGCUUUUUUGCUUCGAUUUAUUGAAGCCCAAUUGAGGAAUUCGAAAACCGAAUUGAGUGAUUUGAAGGGAUUGGAAAAUGAGUAUGUACGGGAGAGAUCCGUGGGGUGGGCCGCUGGAGAUUAACGCGGCGGACUCCGCGACGGACGACGACCGGAGCCGGAACUUGCAGGACUUCGACAGGGCGGCGCUGUCGCGGCCGUUGGAUGAGACCCAGCAGAGCUGGCUGUUGGGACCGGGAGAGCAGAAGAAGAAGAGGUAUGUGGAUCUGGGUUGUAUCAUUGUUAGCCGCAAGAUCUUUCUUUGGACGGUCGGGGUCAUCCUCGCUGCCGGAUUGUUAGCAGGGUUCAUCACCCUUAUCGUCAAGACGGUGCCUCGCCACCACCGUGCUCAUCCACCGCCGGACAAUUACACGGUUGCUCUCCACAAAGCCCUCAUGUUCUUCAACGAACAGCGCUCUGGGAAACUUCCAAAGCACAAUAAUGUCUCAUGGAGGGGGAACUCGUGUUUGAAAGAUGGAAAGUCUGAUUCGUCGUCUGUAAUUAAAGAUCUGGUGGGCGGCUACUAUGAUGCUGGAGAUGCAAUCAAGUUCAACUUCCCUGCAUCUUUUGCCAUGACCAUGUUGAGUUGGAGUGUAAUUGAAUACAGUGCUAAAUAUGAAGCUGCUGGAGAGCUCAACCAUGUUAAAGAAAUAAUUAAGUGGGGGACUGAUUAUUUUCUCAAGACCUUUAAUUCUUCUGCUGAUACCAUAGACAGGGUAGCUGCACAGGUUGGAAUAGGUGAUACUUCAGGAGGUCCCACUGCUAAUGAUCACUAUUGUUGGAUGCGUCCAGAAGACAUUGAUUACGCACGACCUGUAUAUGAGUGUCAUAGUUGCUCAGACCUCGCUGCAGAGAUGGCUGCUGCUUUAGCUGCUGCAUCCAUUGUUUUUAAGGACAACAAGGCCUACUCACAGAAACUUGUCCAUGGUGCUAGAACCCUUUUUAAGUUUUCCAGGGAUCAAAGAGGCAGAUACAGUGCAGGUGGUGCAGAUGCUGCAAAGUUCUAUAAUUCCACUAGUUACUGGGAUGAGUUUGUGUGGGGUGGAGCUUGGCUGUAUUAUGCCACUGGGAAUUCUUCCUAUCUCACACUUGCUACUACUCGUGGAAUUGCCAAACAUGCUGGUAUCUUUUGGGGAAGCAUAGAUUCUAGUGUAUUUAGCUGGGACAAUAAGCUUGCUGGAGCUCAAGUGCUUCUGAGCCGUUUGAGAUUGUUCUUGAGUCCGGGGUAUCCAUACGAAGAAAUGUUAAAAACGUAUCACAACCAGACCAGUGUAGUCAUGUGCCAAUACCUACCAUAUUUUACAAGUUUUAAUAGAACGAAAGGAGGCUUGAUCCAAUUAAACCAUGGAAGGCCACAGCCUCUUCAAUAUGUGGUAAAUGCAGCCUUCUUGGCUACCCUGUACAGUGAUUAUCUUGAUGCAGCAGAUACACCUGGAUGGUACUGUGGUCCCAAUUUUUACUCAACAGACGUCCUACGUAAAUUUGCCGAGACCCAGAUUGACUACAUCCUUGGUAAAAAUCCCCGGGGGAUGAGUUAUGUUGUGGGUUUCGGUAAUCACUAUCCAAAACACGUCCACCAUAGAGGUGCAUCAAUCCCUAAGAACAAGAUCAAGUACAACUGUAAAGGGGGAUGGAAAUGGCGGGACACCCACAAGCCAAAUCCGAAUACACUUGUAGGAGCCUUGGUUGCUGGCCCUGACAAGCAUGAUGGUUUCCACGAUGUGCGUACUAACUACAAUUACACGGAGCCUACCCUUGCAGGCAAUGCUGGUUUAGUUGCAGCCCUCGUUGCUCUGUCAGGUGACAAGACUACUAAGAUUGACAAGAACACCAUAUUCUCUGCAGUUCCACCGAUGUUUCCAACUCCGCCACCUCCACCGGCACCUUGGAAACCAUGAGAACUGAAAGCAGUUGAGCCCCUAUCAUUUCAUUUGAAAUUGGGGGUAGGUGAUUUUGCUGCAAAAGUAGUUUUUUGACUCCACAAUAUGCAGGCAAAGUAUAUAUAGGAAGAUGAAUAUGAUGAGAAGCACCGUGAACAUGGCUGGGCUGGGCUUGGACUAGGAACUUGAACUGGCUUGACAAGUUGUGGGUGUCUGAACAUGUCUUAUGAUUUAGAAUUUGUGAUAUAAAUAGUAUGUAUGUAUUAAAUUAAAUAUGUAUUAUUUGAAAAACUGAUGAACGAUCUUAAUUGGGUUACAUAAAAUUUAACAUUUUGUCUA